CCGGCACACACGCAAAGAGCACUCUCCCUCCCUCACACACAUACACACACACACACACACACACACACACACAUACACACAUUCUCUCUCUCACACACACACUGCCCAGAGCUCCUCCAACCAGAGCUGGAACCUUUCAGCCCCAGGUGAAAAGACAGAAAGCGGAGGAGGGGAGUGGAGGCUGGCCAGAGGAAGAAGAAGGAGAGGGCAGGGGGGGAUCAGUGAGAAGAAAAGAGUGAAAAACAGAACAGAGCAACCUGUUAGUGAGAUCUGGGACUCUGCUGAAGAAACCGUGGGAGCUGGGAACACAGGCUAUAGGAUGGUUUUGCUGUCCUCUUGCUCCAGGAGGGCUGUAGUGGAGCCUUGACCGUCCUUGGGGAAAGGGAGGGGGUGGGUGGCCACAACAGACACUGCCACGGCCACCACGCUGCCACAAUGUCCUCCUUGGUGUGCAACAUGGGGCUGGUGCUGGUAGAGUUUGAGUACGAGUACACGGGCCGCGACGGGGGCCUGGUGUCCAUCAAGCCCAACGAACGAUACAUCCUGCUGGCCAAGACCAACGACCACUGGUGGCACGUGAGGAAGAACGAGCAAGCAAGGCCCUUCUAUAUACCUGCUAAAUACGUCAAGGAGCUCCCCGCAGAGUUCCCAUCCCCGCUGGACUUUGCUGACCCACCCAGUCCCGAUUUGGUCCCGGUUCCUGCGCCGGUGCCAGUGCCAGUCCCAAAGCACUCCGUACCAGACCGGGCAGAAACGAGGGCAGGAGAUGAGGUGACUAUCCGUCUCCGCUCCCCGAAGAGACAUCAGAAGACUGAGCACCGCAUGUCCACAUUUGGCGUACCCUUAGAAUUCCACGACCCGUCUCCCGGGGCAUUGAAGCGCAGUGGACUGAACGACUCUCUGCCGGGCCUUCACUCCAACGUUGCCCUUGAGGUUCCCUUAACAGUGCCCUCGCCUCAAGCCAACAGUAGUGCCAAACACAAGAAGCAAUUAAGCCUGAGUUCCGGUGUGCUCUUCGGCUACUCCCUGUCGGUGGAGGAGCCUCUCUCCCUGAACCCCCGAGCCCCCAGCUUCAGCCCAGCUGACCCCCUCCAACGGCCCUCCCAGGCCGUCCCAGUGGAGAGGCCCAUCAUUCCUGAUGCCGAGGUCACCGGUGACGGGAUUCCCCAUCAGGAACCUCUGAAAGAGCCGGAAUGUCCUCUGGAGCUGGAGGAGGGAGAAAAUGAGAAAUCUAGUGUGGAGGCUGAGGAUGAAUCAAAGGAGGACUCUGAGAAUAUUUAUGAAUCCAUAUUGGACCUGAAGCUGGAUGAGUCCCCUAUAAUAGUGGAGAAGGCCCCGACAGUGAGUCCUGCUGCUGUGGCUGAACCUACACCUGUUAUCGCUCUCACUUCUCCAUCUCCAACACAGACACAGGUGGAGAAUGCCAGCCCCAACACUGCUGUUUACGCCAACGUCACCGAGCUGAAGAAAAACAUCCCACAAUCCCCUCCGUUAGUAGCUCUGAGUCCUGACGUGCCCCUUACCCAGGAGGGAUGGCAUGUGCACACUGACAAGGACAGCGGGAAAGAGUUCUAUUACCGCCCAGCCACGGGCCAAACCACUUGGGCCGACCCCCGCAGCACCCUCCCCUCCACAGACAUGGAGCUGCCCAAGGAGGCGUUGGCUAUCCCAGCCCUGUCCAUGGCCCUUUCCCCUGCCCUGUCCCCGGCCCUGUCCCCGGCCCUCUCACCGGCCUCAUCCCAGGGUUCCAACUGGGAACAGGUGUUGGAUGAGACCACCGGUCGAAACUACUUCUAUAACCCCACCUCUGGGGCCACGUCCUGGGGCGCUCCGGAGCCCAUCGCCCCCUCCUCUCCUGUUACUGAGCCUCCUAUGCUGAAACUCCCAGACAGAGGACCGCCUCCUCUCCCAAAGGAAGACUACCUGACAGAAGACCACGAAGCUCCAGACACCUCCUCCUCGGUGUUCCCCAAAGACCUCCUGCCCGUGCCGCAGGCUAAACUGGCCGUCAUACCCCGGGCCAUUCUAGACAGUGUCCCGGCGGGCUGGAAGCGCUCCAUAGAUGCAGAUGGGAAGACCGUAUUCACCAGCGAACGCACACAGGAGCAGUGGCUCAAGUCUGUGGAUCAAGAAGGAAAGACGUACUACUACCUGAGAGACGGCUCCAGAUCCCAGUGGAACCUUCCAACAGAGCUCCCAGGUGCAGCCAGUCUGUCCAAGGUGGGGAAUGGAGUGGACCAGGACAGCCCGCUGGUUCUGAAGAACUGGAGACACACCAUAGACCACCAUCAGUUUGGCCCCUCACAAGAAGACAACAGGUUCUUUCCAACACAUAGUAGAAACGUUUCGGACGUCACCAGUGAAGCAUCCAGCUCAGGCAACUCCCCCGAGAUGCCACACCAUACACAUCUACUAGAGAAGGCAGGGAUCCUAAACAAAACCAAGGUGGCUGACAAUGGGAAAAGAAUUAGGAAAAAUUGGAGUCCGUCAUGGACAGUGCUGCAUGGAGGCAUUCUCACGUUUCACAAAGACCCAAAAUAUGCACCCUCGGGAAACUCAAACAAGACCAAUCAGAUCACCCCAGAGUACACAGUGGAGCUGCGGGGAGCCACUGUGGGUUGGGCCCCCAAGGACAAGUCCAGCAAGAAGAACGUUCUGGAGUUGAAAACGCGUCAUGGGUGUGAGUACCUGGUCCAGUAUGACACAGAGAGCAUCAUUUGUGACUGGCACAGGAUCAUACUGGACACCGUCAGACAGCUGGACCAAGAUCACUUGUCGGAAGAGGAAGAGGAGGAGCCUAUGGAGAAAUCUCCACUUGCUUCAGACAGAGACAAGAGGAUCAGCUCAGCCACUAAAAUUUCGCCAGGCAUCAGUGCCGAGUCAUCAGAUCAGGGGCGUGUCCGCACCAAACUACGCAAGUUCCUCCAGAAGAGGCCCACACUGCAGUCAGUGAAGGAGAAGGGCUACAUAAGAGAUAAUGUAUUUGGUUGUCAUCUGGACACGCUGUGCCAUCGAGAGAACAGCACUGUGCCCAGGUUUGUGGAGAAGUGCAUCAGGGCAGUGGAGAUUAGAGGUCUGGACAUUGAUGGGAUCUACAGAGUUAGUGGGAAUCUAGCUGUCAUUCAGAGACUACGCCACAAAGCGGAUCAUGAGGAAAAUCUGGACCUAGAGGAUGGUCAGUGGGAGGAGAUCCAUGUGAUCACGGGGGCGCUAAAGCUCUUCCUGAGGGAGCUGCCUGAACCUCUCUUCCCUUUCAGCUUCUUCGACAAGUUUAUCGCUGCCAUCAAAAUCCAGGACUAUCCUCAGAAGGUGUCGUACUUCCGUGACCUGGUGAGGUCCCUUCCUCUGCCCAACCACGAUACCAUGCACCUCCUUUUCAAACACCUCCUCAAAGUGAUUGAGUUUGGGGAAAAGAACCGUAUGUCAGUCCAGAAUGUGGCCAUCGUGUUUGGCCCUACGUUACUCAGACCCCAGACUGAGUCGGCCAACAUCACCGUUUACAUGGUCUUCCAGAACCAGAUUGUGGAGCUCAUCCUCAAAGAGUUUGAGACAGUAUUUGCCCCCAGCUGAGACAUUUUCUAUGACAUCCAUGAGUCAAGAGGGACGGAGACAAUGGGGGUUGCUAAGUCCUGGGAAAAGACUGAUGGUUACAUGGGUUGCUAGAUUUGGUAAAGGGAGUUUUUUUUCUGUCAGUGAACUAGCCUUUAACUGUGGUAGCUCCAAGUCUUCAACUUUCAUCCCAAGUUUCAAACUCGUGCUGUCUACCCAUCCAGUCAUCCAUCUGUUUUGGUACUUCCACUCACAAGAACAUUGACAAAAAAGGAAGUUGAGAGAAAAAGGGAAAAUGGAUGAACAUGUUGACAUACCAAAGUUUACCAUGGAUCCGUUGACAAUACCUGGCAAUAGGCAUCAUGUUUAGUUUUACAAAUAAAAUAUAUAUUACAUGUAGGUGUACAUGUAUUUGGGGGAAUAUUCUGAUGUUGUAUCCAUGGUUUGGAUUGACAUAUCUGAGACAGAUUGGUCUUUUUAGUGGAUGACCUCUUAACUAUAUGAUAAAGUCUUUGAAAAAGCUUAAAUAUUGUAUACCUUCCCAAAUGUUACCUUAUCAACAAUACAACUAUGAGAUAUUGUUUAUCAAACCAAUUAAAAUGGUUGUUGUUGCUUUCCUUUUGGCGAGCCAUCCAAAUAACAUACCACUGCCUUGACUGUACAGUUAUUUGAUUACUUCCUAAUUUAGAAAAAGGCUGCGAAUUUAUCAAGGAAUACCACUUGCGACUAUAUUGUGGUUCAUUAUGCAUAACGUGGCUGUACAUUAUGGGCAGUAUAUAUGAAAAUAUAUUAUGAUAGAGCAUAACUGUACCUUAUGGCUGUUUUAUAGUAUUAUUGUUAUUACAGAACAAGGAUAAGAACAAUAUAUCAAGAUAUUUUGAACAACUUUUUUCUCUGUACAUAAGAGUUCAUCUUAUAAAUGAAUGUUCUUCUAAUAAAAGAAUGUCAUUUCUG